CCACCACCACCUCCAGCUCCAGGGUUUGCACCGCACGGCAAGCAGCGGCGUGGGCUGCCGAACCCCAAGCCAAGUCCGUCCGCAACACCAACAGCGUCGGCGGCGCGUGGGAAUCGCGAAGAAAAAGGCGACGAGCAACAGCCGAACAGGUCACACCGAAAGCGCAGCUGCGAGGCUGGUCUCCGCUGGAGUACGUCUCUGCUGCCGGCCCUCUCCUCUCCACCCUCCUCUAGUCCAUUCCAAGUCCCCCACCGGCCACCACCACCACCACCACCACGCCAGCCAGCCCCACCCGAGUCUUCGACUCCAAGCCGCCCCGCCCCCUGUUUCUCCUCGGUUCCGCGCACCGCGCCGGCGUCGGAGGAGAGGAGACGGGUCAGGGCGACGCCGAUGCACCCCAAGCUGUCGCGGGCCGCCCGCAGGCUCCUCUGCUGCCGCGGGACCGCCUCCUCUGAGGACCUGUCUGAUGAAAGAAGUGGAUCAUUGAGGUGGGUGUUCUCAUUGAGAGAGCUUCGAUCAGCAACAAACAGCUUCAAUUACGAUAACAAGAUUGGAGAAGGGCCACUUGGGAGUGUGUAUUGGGGACAAGUUUGGGAUGGUUCUCAGAUCGCUGUCAAGAGGUUAAAGAAUGCAAAGAAUAGCACAGAAGUGGAAUUUGCUUCAGAAGUCGAGAUAUUGGGAAGAAUAAGACACAAAAACCUCCUAAGUUUUCGUGGAUAUUGUGCCGAUGGACCCGAACGCAUUCUGGUGUAUGACUUUAUGGCAAACUCAAGUCUCUAUGCACAUCUUCACGGACCACAUUCUGCAGAGUGUCUCCUUGACUGGCGGAGGAGGGCAUCUAUUGCCAUCGGCACUGCUCGGGCUCUCUUGUACCUUCAUCACCAUGCAACACCUAAGAUAAUCCAUGGAAGCAUCAAGACCACCAAUGUGUUACUGGAUUCAAACUUCCAGGCACAUGUUGGUGAUUUCGGUCUGAUAAAGCUUAUUCCUGAUGGAAUGGACCAGGAAAAGAUAACCAGCGAAAGCCAACGAGGCUAUCUUGCUCCUGAAUACAUUAUGUUCGGGAAACCAACAGAAGGUUGUGAUGUAUACAGUUUCGGAAUAAUACUAUUGGAGCUUGCGAGUGGCAAAAGGCCAAUAGAAAAGUCGGGUUCUGUCAAGACAUAUGGUAUUCGAAACUGGGUGCUCCCACUGGCUAGGCAGGGUAGAUAUGAUGAAAUUGCAGACUCAAAACUCAGUGACAAGUUCUCUGAAUCUGAACUGAGAAGAAUGGUGUUAGUUGGGCUAGCAUGUACACAUUCAGAAUCUGAAAAGAGGCCAACAAUGCUUGAAGUUGUGCCAUUGCUGAAAGGCGAAUCAAAAGAGACCCUUCUUAAGCUUGAAAGAGAUGAGCUAUUCAGCUCGGACUCGAUGGUGAGUUCGCAGGGAACACCAACCCCAGAUGGGAGCACAGACUCUGUGCCAAAGAAAGAUCAAGAACUGGCUGGGGCGUGAACUGUGAAUUGCUACUGUAGGCUAUGGUAGGAUGCAUAUUUGUGGUAUUGAUGAUUGGUUUGUGCGGUUUGACAUGAAUGGAAAUUGUAUAGGCAUUGUUUUCUGUAAGGAGUUUUUUUCCUUCCCUUUUGAGAGAGUAAGGAAGAGCGAGGGGGUUGGAGAUAGUUGUUAUGCGAAGUGCUUUUUGUAUGCUCCGCAUAGAAAAUGCACAUGUUUUCCAGAUGUUUGUAAUUUCUCUGAUCAUGUUGUCCUUAUAUUAAUUUGCCCAGAAUGCUCGUCCUUUAAUUUGCAGGUAUACCAAUAUACAAUGAGAAGAUUGAAUUAGUUCA